AUGGCCGCUACUUCUGGUCAUCAUGAGUCGACAUAUGCCCAGAAAUUCAUGUUCGUCGAUUUGAGCGUCACAGGGAACUCACCUCACCAUUCCGAGGUGCUCUCGCAUGUUCGCCAGAACUAUCACAAGCGGCGGAGGAAAGAAAAGAUUGAGCGUCUUCGAGAUAUCACCGCUGUCUCUAGAGGACAGUUUGCAGACAAAAUCCCCCUUCCUGGCCGUGGCCGCCAGACAAGGCCGCCUUCUGAAUGUCCCACAGACGACACCUCCUCCUCAGCAUCAGUCGAAGGGGACGGCGCAACUGGCCGCCGAUUAGCCGUUUCUCACGGUUCGCGUUAUCGUUCCGUGCAACCUCUUCUGGUUCACGCGGGCAACUCAGACCCCUUCUGUGCAUAUGCAAUUAAGAUUGAUCCACAGAUCAACGAGGUCAUCGCAUUCUACCGAGACUACACUCUACCGGCCCAGUACCACGUACCCUCUCGGAAAUGGGUCAGCUCUGCUAGCGCUCGGCUGGACUGGUCCAUCUGCAUUUCGACUUUGCAGCAUCCGGACCUCGCAAGUGCUUUUGUUGCUCGCGCAGCGACGGUUGCGGCAGUGCUUCGUCCGAGUUUACGACCAUUGGCCAUGCGAUACCGUCUUCGCAGUAUUCAGCAGCUCCGUGUGAAGCUGCUCAAUAACGACAGUCAUGGGUGGAGUGACCUGUUUCUUCUUCAGAUCGUUAUGCUCCAUAAAGCCGAGAUCGUGGAUCAGAACUUACAAGCCGCUGCUACGCACGCCAGGGUGCUGCAACACCUGUUCCAAGAGCGUCAACGAAUGUAUGGGACAAUUGAGUACACCCUCCUACAGUACGCCUUGUGGAGUGAGAGCCAGGUGUGCACCAUCUUCAUGAGCCCUUUCACAUUUGAAGUAGAGCCUGAUGGUUGGGUAGUCAAGAACAUGCAAGCUCUUUGGGCUUCAGCGCUUAAGGAGCUCAACUCUCUUCCACCUUGGAGGGCUCUCAGGGCCGAAGCAGAAGAAGGCCUUGACAACUGCGUUGAGGGCGCGGACCUGAGGGCUUUCUUCGUCUCACGGCGGACAACGCUACAGACUUGGUUAUAUUUUGGAGUGAGGGGGAUGCCUGUCUCGCCACUGAUAAUGCUGUGGUUGUCAACAACAGCAUCAGUGCAGCAAGGACGCAUGAUCAAGCAUUAUCUGAAUGCCGUGCGCCAGGCCAGCGAACAAACUUGCUGUAACGGGGAAAAGUCCAAACGAGACAGUUCGGACGUUCAGUGCUGGUACGUCCAGCAGUAUCUAAUCCUUGCCGAGUUUAUCUGGACCCAUCACACUAGCUACAAAGUCGAGAUUUGUGGUGUAGAUCUCUUCGACGUCGUCCCGACACUGUUAAGGAAGCUCCGGGCGGCGCUCGAGCACGACCUCGACUCCUCGAAGUACCAGAAUGCUCGCGUCUGGGCUCUCUUCAUUGGCGCCCACACUGAGUGGUCAAUACUAUUGACAAAGCAGCGAGGACGCCAAGCAACACUCUCCCACCUGCAGAAUACUGGAGAGGGUAAUGAGAAGCCCGAGGACUAUAGCCAGGAUGACGCUCGGUGGUUCCAAUGCAGGCUUGCCAUUCAGGUUCGACAAAUGGGGCUUACGGAAUGGAUUGAGGUCCGUAAUGUUUUGAAGGGCUUCAAUCAUGCAGACAUCAUUCCACCUCCAGGAGAGAAGCUCGUCAACGAAGUGUUAACCCGAUACUGA